AAGUAUUCCUAUAUCCAAGACUAGUACUACUUCAUUUUCAUAGAACAGAGAGAUGAAUUCAAGUACAGUUGGAGGAAAAGAAAAAAAAACCACUUCAAGUUAUGGAAUGAAGACCAUUAUUGGAUCAAUGAUGAUGUUGCUUUUGAUGGUAGUUUUUGUGGGUUACACUAUGAUUUGGAUCAUGAUGCCCACAAAUACUUACUAUCUGCACUGGCUGCCAGACAUUUAUGUAAAAACAGAUUCCACAUAUUUUGGGCAACAAGGUGCAGGCAUACUUAUAUAUACAUUUCCUAUCCUAUUCACUGCCACUUUGGGAUGUUUAUUGCUUCAUAUAAGAAACAGAACUGCGGAUAAUAACAACCAAAGUGGGGUCUUCAAGUCAUCAUGGAAACGACCAGUGCUGGUGAAAGGCCCUCUUGGAAUUGUUUCAUGGAUAGAGCUCUCCUUCCUAGCAAUGUUCAUUGCUCUACUUGUCUGGUCCAUCUCUUCUUACUUGCAUGGUAUGUUUGCAACCAUCACCCUACAAGCCGCAGCAAAGCGAGAGCAUGUGUGGGAAGCAAAGUUAGAAAGUACAGCACUAAUGCUAGGCCUAGUUGGGAACAUCUGUCUGGCUUUUCUCUUCUUCCCUGUGGCGCGAGGGUCUUCGAUUCUACAGCUGAUUGGCCUUACAUCAGAAGCAAGUAUCAAGUAUCAUAUUUGGCUCGGCCAUCUUGUCAUGACUAUCUUCACGGCUCACGGUUUAUGUUACAUAAUAUUCUGGGCCAGCACAAGUCAAAUUUCACAGAUGCUCAAAUGGGAGAAGAUUGGAAUUGCAAAUGUUGCUGGAGAAGUGGCAUUGCUGGCUGGAUUAGCCAUGUGGGCUACAAGCUUCCCUCGCAUAAGGCGCAAGAUCUUCGAGCUCUUUUUCUACUCUCAUCACCUCUACAUUGUCUUCAUUGUCUUCUUCGUGUUCCAUGUGGGCUUCUCCUACGCCUGCAUAAUGCUUCCGGGCUUUUACCUCUUCAUGAUUGAUAGGCUGUUGCGCUUCUUGCAAUCCCAACAAAAAAUUGGUCUUGUUUCAGCCCGUGUCCUGCCUUGUGAGGUUGUUGAGUUGAGCUUCUCCAAGAUACCAGGACUGAGCUAUUCUCCAACAAGCAUGAUGUUUCUAAAUGUACCUGGAAUUUCCAAGCUGCAAUGGCACCCUUUUACCAUUACUUCCAGCAGCACUAUGGAUCCUGACAACCUAAGCGUCGUCAUCAAAAGCGAAGGAAGUUGGUCUCACAAUUUAUAUGAGAAGUUUUCAUCAACCACUUGGCCUAUGGACCGCCUCGAGGUCUCAGUGGAAGGACCCUAUGGACCUGCCUCUAACAAACUCCUAAGGCACGAUACACUAGUGAUGGUGAGUGGAGGAAGCGGCAUUACUCCAUUGAUAUCCAUAAUCCGAGAGCUCCUAUCUCAAGCCAAUGACUCAGAAAAGAAGACUCCACAAGUUCUGCUCAUAACUGCCUUCAAAAAAUCACUAGACCUCACUAUGUUAGACCUCAUCCUCCCAGCUUCGGGCACAAAUUUGGACAUUUCUUGCUUGCAAUUACAGAUUGAAGCUUACGUGACGAGAGAGAACCAACCCGUAACACAUAACCACAAGCCUCUGCAAACAAUAUGGUUCAACCCAGACCCAUUGGACUCACCAGUUUCUGCAGUAUUAGGCCGAAACAGUUGGCUUUGGCUUGGAGUGAUCAUAGCAACCUCCUUCGUCAUUUUCCUCGUGCUAAUGGGAAUCCUCACACGAUAUUACAUAUACCCCAUUGACCAUAACUCUAAUAUGAUAUACUCUGCCUCUUAUAGAUCUGCCUUAAACAUGUUAUUGCUAUGUGUUUCCAUAGCCACAACUGCAACUGCAGUUUUCCUAUGGAAUAAGAAACAAAAUUCAAAGGAGAUGGGACAUAUUCAAGCCAUAGACACACCACCACAGAUUACUACUUCACCAAGCGCUCGGUUUUACAAUGCUGGUCAAGAACUUGAAAGUCUUCCCCACCAGUCCUUUGUCCAAUCGACAAAGGUGCACUAUGGCACAAGGCCGGAUCUUCAAAGGAUAUUAUGGGGCUGGGAAGGAUCAAGCGUUGGGGUUCUUGUUAGCGGACCAAGCAAGAUGAGGCAAGAAGUGGCGGCGAUAUGUUCAUUGCCAUUGGCCCACAACCUACAUUACCAUUCCAUGAGCUUCAGCUGGUAGUCAAAGGAACUAGAGAUUUACUCUCCUCCCUUCUCUUCUUCACAGAUGUUGGUGAUGAAACUGAAACGAUACUCGCUGCUUUGGUGAUUACCAGCAAAGAUUGAUUACAAGUGGAGUAGACACUUUUUGUAACCGUGCAUUUUCAAGUAAAUAGGGGUUGCUGCUUUGGUGAUUACCAGUAGAGUAGAGACAUUGUUUGUAACU